AUGGAUCAUGCACCACACGUCCUCCAAGCGCGGGACAGCACCAUCCUCCAAGCUCGCGAUAGCACCAGCUGUCCUGACAGUAUCUCCGGAGGCGGUAUUGCAGGCAUCGUCAUCGGCACGAUUGUCGGCACGCUGUUGAUCAUCUGGCUGCUGCGAGUAUGCUCGUUACCCGGCGCAUGGGGUGACGGGAAACGGGACUAUGGAUACAGCAGCAGCGGCGGCGGUGGUGGCGGUGGCCCAGUCGAGGUGCGCACGUCGCAUCGUCGACGACGGAGUAGUCCGUCGUAUAUGGAUUAUGUCGAGAAGCCGAGCCGUUCGCGGCGGUACCGGGGGGAAGUCCGCCGGCCGGCCAAGGUGUAUUUGAGUUGA